AUGGAUUCUAACGAUUUGAAGCAUCAACAGAUGGAAGAGGAAAUGAAACGAUUUGAGACGGAGAUUAGUUCUCAGCCUUCAACCGCUUCUUUUCCUACUACAACUUAUCAAUAUUCUCAACCUGGAACUUAUCCCAAUCCUUAUGUUCCCGGAUCUCAGUUCGCUUCUCCUUCCUUAAUGGGAACUAACCCGUAUUUUGCUAAUGCCAAUGGUAUCUACAUGCCACCAUCGUAUGGCAUGACUCCAAAUUAUAUGGUUCCUCCUCAAGUAGCUACUACAAUUUCUACCACACCGAUUAUUCAAGCCCAACCUAGUGUUAUUAGUGCUCCACCUCAAGUUGCAGCCCCAUCACAACUUGCGGCCGCAGUGAAGGCAAACAAAGAGGCGGAAGCUGCCGCAAAGUUGGCCACCGCAGAUGACAACAUCGAGGUUGAUGAUGAUGUCACUCGAGCUCUUUUGGCUGCGGCAGCUGGUGUCACUUAUAAUCACUCCACAGCCGUGGCUACUUCUGUUUCAUCUGCCACGACCACUACUCCUGACACAAAUUCAGCAUCCACAGCUGUAACUUCAACGACGACACCUAAAGUUGUCCCCUCGGUUCCUGCUAAGACCGUCAUUGUUCCACAAAGCCUCCUACCUACACAGUUAGCUUCCUCUUCUCGCUUAUCUGCAAUCGAUCAGGCGAAAUGUCGUUCCAAGUCUAGCUACGCGGAAGAACUCUAUCCCUUCCAGAAAAAGGUUUAUAAACGAAUUGCUGCAGGAAUGGUUUGGGAAGAUCCGACACUUGCUGAUUGGGAUCCUAAUGACUUUCGGAUAUUCUGUGGAGAUCUGGGCAAUGAGGUCAAUGACGAUACCCUCAUCCGAGCCUUCUCUCGAUACCCCUCCUUCCGGAAAGCCAAGGUAAUCAUCGAUAAGCGAACGGGCAAAUCUCGAGGGUACGGAUUUGUAAGCUUCUCCGACCCAAACGAUUUCACCCGGGCAAUGCGGGAAAUGAAUGGCAAGUAUGUCGGAAAUCGGCCAAUCAAGCUGAAGAAAAGUGAUUGGAAGAGCCGACAACUGGAGACCUUUAAGAAGAAGGAGAAGGAAAAGAGGAAGUUGGGACUACGGAUCUAA